GGGUGGGACCGAAAACCUUUCUGUGUCAGCCACUGGGCUGCGUUUUAAAGCCGACCUUCCGUUCUCAGAAGAGUUCCGUUUUGUCACCACUCCAUUCUUCCUCAUUUAUUUCCCAUCUCUCUUGAUUAAGUUUUGAAACUCUACAAUGGCAGCGAUUGGCAACCGUGGAACCGUGGUUGAAGCCACUGCUUUCAAUGUAGAGGAGGAUGUGAACCGUCUGAGAGGAGCCAUGAAGGGGGCUGGCACUGAUGAGGCAGCUGUCAUUGAGGUCCUGGCACGUCGUACCAUUGCUCAGAGGCAACGCAUCAAGGAGGCUUACAAGCUGACCGUGGGGAAGGACCUGGCAGAUGAUCUGCAGGGAGAGCUGACGGGGAACACUGAGAAAGUGGUGCUGGGCCUCCUGAUGAUCGCUCCUAAGUAUGACGCUUACGAGCUGAGGACCGCUAUAAAGGGUUCUGGAACAGAGGAGGCUGCUCUCAUUGAUAUCCUGGCCUCAAGGACAAAUGCUGAAAUUAGAGCUAUCACGGAGGUCUACAUGAAAGAACAUGGGAAGAGCCUGGAGGAUGAUAUUGAGGCUGAUACUUCUGGAAUGUUCAAGAGGGUUCUGGUCUCUUUGCUCACGGCAGGGCGAGAUGAGAGCAACACUGUGAAUGAGACUCAGGCUGUGCAGGAUGCUAAGGAUAUCUACGAGGCUGGGGAGGCUUGUUGGGGAACAGAUGAGGUCAAGUUCCUCACUGUGCUCUGUGUGAGGAACAGAAACCACCUACUCCGAGUGUUUGAGGAGUAUCAGAAGAUCUCUGGGAGGGACAUCGAGGAUAGCAUUAAGAGGGAGAUGUCUGGCUCUCUGGAGGAUGUUUUCCUGGCAAUAGUGAAGUGUCUCCGAAACAAGCCAGCAUUCUUUGCAGAGCGGUUAUACAAAUCCAUGAAGGGUCUGGGAACUACAGACAGCAUCCUGAUUAGAAUCAUGGUGGCUCGGGCCGAGAUUGACAUGUUGGACAUUAAGACCGAGUUCUCUAAGGCGUAUGGGAAGACUCUCCAUUCCUUCAUCAAUGGAGACUCAUCUGGAGAUUACCGCAAAAUCUUGCUGGAGUUGUGUGGAGAGUAGGGCAUUGAACGUCUAGGACAUCAUUCAACGAUGACUUCACUCUGCAACAACUGCACUCUGCAACAACACCAUUGGUGCCUCUCCUAUCUGCCGUUUCCUUUGCUUCCAGCUCUCUCAAUAUCCUCAGCUCUUCUGUGGCCCAAACAUUUCAGAGACUAACCAUGAUGCAUUUUUUUCACAGUUUGUAUUACUAAUUAAACCAAAGACAAGUGACAUUUUA